AUCUUGGGUUUACUGAAAAAUGAUGAAGAAACAUGGGUUUGUACUUUUAUUACUCAAUUUUGUUUAUGUUUAUCUCCUUUUCUUGUUCUCAACUUGUGUCAAAAUCAGAAGCCAAUGAUAAGGAGUGGAAAUGUGAAUAAUCUUCCUAUGGAUAUAUAUUUUAUAAGUGUUACAGGGGGUAUUAGGACUAUUGAAGAACACACCCUUCUUCUCAAACAGGUGGAGAAGGUAGCAAAAAAGUUCAAUGCAAGAUUCGUUAUCAACAUAAGCGAACUUGGGGAAGAUGAUCCUCUUAUGCAAAAUGCUACUUGGCAUUUUCCUUCCGCAAAGAUCCCAUGGUACUCUACUCGAGCUCUCAAAGGACAAGGGGUGAAUCACUACCUUAAACAAUUCAAAUUUGCCCAUGGAAGCUUAGAUAUUAUAGUUGUGGAUACAGGAUUAUAUGAGGUUGCUUCAAAUGGUGCUGGAGAUAGGCAGUCACAAUGGCUGAUAGACACACUUGAAAACAGUGAAAGCAAAUGGUGCAUUGCUAUCGGACUUCAUCCAUUGGUAGCUUACGAAGAAGAUACUCCUCAAACGAAACUAAAACACGAAUUCCAGUCUUUAUAUGGCGUAUUUCUGAAGUACGGAGUGGAUGCAUAUAUAAGUGCCCCAGCUUGUGCUGACAAUGUUGAGGAAAGACAUAUUGCAAAAUCCAAGACUAGUAUUGCCAGAUAUAAAGGACCUUUGCUGACUAAAGUGAAUCGGAACUUGCCUUACUCUAUGGAAAAAGUAAAUGGAUUCCUACUUCACAAAGUCAGCGCUCUAGAGAUUGUUUCCUAUUUAGUCACCUUGGAAGGUGAUGUUGUGCAGAAAUUUUUUCUCCAUCAAAGAGGCAAAGAUGUUAUGUAGAUAUUCCUAAAGCUCCAAACACUAUUUAGGGG